CACAUGACUGGCCAUGCACUUUCAGAUCAGAACUUGCAGCAGGAUGCAAAUACGCAGCUCCAGUUCUUGUGAGAGCAGUCUAUGAGCAGUAAGUCGAACGGUGACAGCUAUCUUGGUCAAGAGUGGUUUCGUCAGAGCAAAUUUUGUCCAACCACAGUGACGAGCUCUCGAAAUCAUGGCCGUUGUUGACGACAAAUCGGAACAUUGCGUCCGCUUUCUGCUUGAGCAGCUACAGGAACGAAAGAAAAAGCACGGUGAAGGGGCGCCGCCCUUCUUUCUGGGUCUGAACGGAGUCCAGGGUGCCGGCAAGACGACGCUGGUCUCUGGAUUGAAAUCGCAUCUAUCCUCCGAACCGUACAAUUUUAAUCUGGCAGUUCUCUCUCUCGAUGAUUUCUAUCUCAAACGUUCAGAUCAGGAAUCUCUCGCUUCAGCUCAUCCAGACAAUCCUUUGGUCCAGCACCGCGGCCAGCCUUCAACGCACGAUGUGGAACUCCUCAAUAGGACUCUGCAAGCUCUGCUCCGACGCGAAGAAACUAAGCUACCUUCAUUUGACAAGUCACUUCAUGCAGGUGCCGGAGAUCGAGCAGAUCCAAUAACAUGGGCCACAGUAAAUGCUCCAGGUGAACGACCAGUCGAUGUAAUCCUUCUGGAAGGGUGGUGCGUGGGCUUCCAGGCUAUGACAGACAUAGCUCUGGAAGAAAAAUGGCGUGCUGCAAAGGACAGCGAAGAACGAGGAAUCGGGACUAGCCAACUUGGCAAAUUAAAACUAUCGGACGUUCAGUUCAUAAAUGACGCUCUCCGAGAAUAUGAGGGUGUUUGGAGAAUGUUCGACGCUAUAAUUCACAUUGACGCUGCCGAAACCGUAUGGGUGUAUGAUUGGCGACGAGAGGCCGAAGAUGAGAUGAGGAAGGCAAAAGGCCCUCAGAACGCAAUGACUGAUGAGCAGGUUAAAAAAUUCGUCGAUGCUUAUUAUCCAGCCUACGAGCUGUACACAGAGGCUCUAAGAAAAGGAGUGGUAGGUGAGACAGGAAAGCAACUGAGACUUAUCGUGGGCAAAGAUCGUCGCGUGGAGAAGAUGGUGUUAAUUUGAGCUCUCUAUCCUCGUCGCUAUGCUACAGCUUCUUCCGAUAUAGCUCUCCACCACAGCUUCGGAGCCUGGCAGCUGCUUGCUCUGGCGUGAUAUCUCGUUGCGGCUCAGCCAUCAUUUCGUAGCUACCUAUCUUCAGUAAUCUAUCUUUGGGCGGUCUACUCAUGGCUUGUACUUACCCAACAAGGAAUUUUCUCACGGUAGCGCUUCGAAGAAGUGGUGGGUAGAAAUGCAC